AUGCAGUUCACGGAGAGGAAGUGGCUGCAGCGCCCGCCAUCACAGCGCCCCCUGCUGUCUGUAGGCCUGUCCUGGGGCUGCAGGGACCUGUCCUGGGACUGCAGGGACCUGUCCUGGGACUGCAGGGACCUGUCCUGGGACUGCAUGGACCUGUCCUGGGACUGCAUGGACCUGUCCUGGGACUGCAUGGACCUGUCCUGGGGCUGCAUGGACCUGUCCUGGGACUGCAUGGACCUGUCCUGGGACUGCAGGGACCUGUCCUGGGACUGCAUGGACCUGUCCUGGGACUGCAGGGACCUGUCCUGGGACUGCAGGGACCUGUCCUGGGACUGCAUGGACCUGUCCUGGGGCUGCAUGGACCUGUCCUGGGACUGCAUGGACCUGUCCUGGGACUGCAUGGACCUGUCCUGGGACUGCAUGGACCUGUCCUGGGACUGCAUGGACCUGUCCUGGGACUGCAUGGACCUGUCCUGGGACUGCAUGGACCUGUCCUGGGGCUGCAUGGACCUGUCCUGGGACUGCAUGGACCUGUCCUGGGACUGCAGGGACCUGUCCUGGGACUGCAUGGACCUGUCCUGGGACUGCAGGGACCUGUCCUGGGACUGCAGGGACCUGUCCUGGGACUGCAUGGACCUGUCCUGGGGCUGCAUGGACCUGUCCUGGGACUGCAUGGACCUGUCCUGGGGCUGCAUGGACCUGUCCUGGGACUGCAUGGACCUGUCCUGGGGCUGCAGGGACCUGUCCUGGGACUGCAUGGACCUGUCCUGGGACUGCAGGGACCUGUCCUGGGACUGCAGGGACCUGUCCUGGGACUGCAUGGACCUGUCCUGGGACUGCAGGGACCUGUCCUGGGACUGCAUGGACCUGUCCUGGGACUGCAGGGACCUGUCCUGGGACUGCAUGGACCUGUCCUGGGGCUGCAGGGACCUGUCUGUGUGA